AUGACAGAACUUGGAUAUCUGCAGGCUUAUGGUCAUGAAGAUCCUAAUAUGCAUACAACCAAUGAGGCCCAGUUAUAUGGACAGGUGGAGCCUAACAUACAUCCGCAAGUAUUAGCACCAUCUUCUCAGGAAUAUUGGGUUACUUGGAGAGUUUACGAUAUCUUCUUCCUGAUUCAGGUUUACGGUAUCUUAUGUCGUUUGGCACUGGCUGUUGGCUUCAAUACUGAUUCAGGUGGCUCUUCAGUAGGUAAUGAGCUUCUAAUGGUGGUGAGAAAGCAGGUGUCAGCAUUUCAAUAUGAAGAUCUACAUGAUGCCAGUAGCUCUAUCUAG